AUGGAAGCUCUCCUUGCUCACUCAUUCGACUAUCUCUCCUCGUAUGACCAGGGCAAGAUCCGCAAGGGCCUUCGACAGGUCGAGGGUCUACUGGCGCAGAUAUGCCUGUCAAGAUCAAAGCUGACGGCCGCCGAAAAGAGACGGUCGAUGAUACCUCUGGGCUCAGCGCCGUCGCCGCCAAAGUCAACAAGUGAACUGAGCGACGAUCCAGCCUUCCGAGAGUUCUACAAGCUUCAGGAUGGCUUUCAAUGGAACGUUGCUCUACGCCUAAUAUCAUGUCUCGAACACUUGCUCGGCCGCGGAAGCAAUGGCACGAACGAUCUUCUCAUCGUGUCUGCGCUCGACCUUAUCCAAGGAAUCUUGCUUCUUCAUCCACCUUCUCGUGCUCUGUUCGCUCGAGAGAUAUAUAUGAAUAUCCUGCUUGACCUCCUGGAGCCGGCGAAUUGUCCUGCCAUUCAGUCUGCCACCCUGCUGACACUAGUCACGGCUCUGCUGGACACUCCUAGCAACACCCGCACAUUCGAGGAGCUUGACGGCUUGCUCACGAUAACAUCCCUAUUCAAGCUGCGGUCCACGUCUCGAGAAGUGAAACUGAAACUCGUUGAAUUCUUAUACUUCUACCUCAUGCCCGAAACACCGCAACUACCAUCUCUGAAUGCCAGUGCGCCAAACACAGCCGCAGGUCUACAGCGCAGUCCAAGCAAACUAGGAGGGCCAACGUCGCGCAGUGUCGAUGUGUCUGGGCGUAGGCGCUCCGCAGCAAAUGCAGAUACCAAGACAACCGAAGAGAAGCAGAGUCUCCUGGGCAGAUAUCUGAGUAACGUCGAGGACCUAGUUGAGGAUCUCAAGGAGACGGCUCCAUUCGGCAGUGCUGUCUUUUGA